UUUUUUUCCUCUUAACAAGGUGAAGAUUGAGAUGUUAACCAGUAUAACAGAAGGUGGAGGAGGAGAAAGAAGAGGAGGUGGAGGAGGAAGAAGAGGAGGAGGAGGAGGUAUAAAAGAUAGUCUAUUGAGUCAACAACGUCUCAUUCUCUUUCUCUGCGUCGACUUAGCAUGAUCAAGGUUAUCUUACUGGCGGUGUUGGUGGGGGCAGUCUUGGCUCUCCACUCAGACCCCAGCGCCUCUCCAGCAUACAGAGAGCUCUCCCCACCCUACCGCUAUGCCUACGGGGUGAAGGACAGGUACACCCACGCGGACUUCGGGAAGGAGGAGCAUAGUGAUGGCAGGACGGUGAAGGGGGAGUACUAUGUGGCGCUCCCCGACGGCCGCGUGCAGACGGUGGAAUACACGGCUGAUCACCACGGGGGGUACCAUGCCCAGGUGUCCUACGAGGGGGACGCCAAGUACCCCAGAAUAUCCUCCCCCUAUGGCCCGAAGGAUUUCUAUAAGCAUCCUAUCCCAUCCUAUAAGCCUCCUGAUCCUUCCUAUUCUCCUCCUCCUCCAUCCAAUCAUCCUAAACCAUCUUCUUCCCUUCCUACCCAAUCCUAUAAUCCUAAAGAGUCCUAUAAGCCCCCUACUCCAUCCUAUAAGCCUCCUGUUCCUUCCUAUCCUCAUUCUGCUCCUAUUCGUGAUCCUAAACUAUCCUAUCCUCCUCCUACUCAAUCCUAUUCUGAUCCUGUCUCAUCCAAUAAUCCUACGGAGUCCUCCAAGCAUCCUAUUCCAUCCUAUAAGCCUCCUGUUCUAUCCUAUUCUCCUCCUACUCGUGUUCCUAAACUAUCCUAUCACCCUCGUCCCCAAUCCUAUUCUAAACCUGCGCAAUCCUAUAAUCCUACGGAGUCCUACGAAGAUCCUAGUCCUUCCUAUACACCUGCCGAUCCUUCCUAUCCUGAUCCUGCUCCUUCACAUGAUCCAAAGCCAUCCUAUUCCCCUCCUACUCAAUCCUAUUCUAAUCCUGCCCCAUCCUAUAAUCCUACAGACUCCCAAGAGAAUCCUACGCAAUCCUAUCAGUCUUCUAGUCCUUCCAAUCCUCCUCCCCCUCCUUCUGACUAUCCUGAUCCUUCUCAUCCUCCUUUUUCCCCUUCAUCUUAUAUUCCUACAGAAUCCUAUGAGCAUCCUACGCCAUCCUAUAAGCCAUCUGGUCCAUCCUACCCUCUUCCUUUUCGUUCUGACAAUCCUGCUCCUUCUCAUCCUCCUUCUUCCCCUCCAUCCUAUCAUCCUACAGAAUCCUAUGAGGAGCCUACGCCAUCCUAUCCUAAUCCUCCUCCUCCCGAUACUCUUAAACCAUCAUAUCCUCAUCCUACCCCAUCCUACCCUGCUCCUAACCCAUCCUACGAUCCUAAACCAUCCUAUGAUCAUCCAAAUCCAAGUCAAUCCUCUUUCAAUCCUACUCCAUCCUACAAUUCUGACCCUGCUUACGAGUCUGAAGUCGAAUCCUAUGACCGUCCACCCCCAUCCUACGAUCCUCCUGGCCAGUCCUACCAGCCAGAGGAGUCCCUUGAGCAUAGAAACCCAUCCUUCAGCCCCGUUUUCCCCCCAGUCAAAUCCUACGCACCUCAGGAGUCCUACGAUGAGCCUGAACCGUCCUAUGAUCAUCAAGACCCAUCCUACAAUGAAAUCACGGCAUCCUACGAAGAUUACUAUACGAGGGACUUACAGCCUAUCUAUGAUCCUUCGGAGCCAGCCUUCGGAGACAAACUGAUAUCCAAAGAGCCAGAUACUUAACAUCCUUAGUCUAGUAGUAUCCUUUCCAUGAUUGAAAUAUCCUACUGAGGCAUCCUACGAAGAGUUAAAGAUAUCCUUGGAAUAGUUCCUUUAUAUACAUAAUCUAAAAGAGGUAUUUAAGUCAUUCUAUAGUCCUAUCUCCUUCUAAGACAUCCUACCGAGGAACAGAGGUAUCCUUCGGGACAGAUUCUUCCCAUCCUUCGCAUACAGGUAUCCUAUAAAUGAAGCUAAUGGAUGUGGUGUGUGUGUGUGUGUGUGUGUGUGUGUGUGUGUGUGUGUGUGUGUGUGUGUGUGUGUGUGUGUGAACGAGGAGGGAGGAGAAAGGGAAAGAUAGAUGGAUGGAGAGUGUGUGUGUUUCAAGUGGACAGUUAUUAUUCCAGCUGCUGCUACUACUGCUCCUACUGUUGUUGUUGUUGUUGUUGUUGUUGCUGUUGUUGAAUAAAGUGUUUAUUAAG